AUGUCCGACCCAGCCUACGCCGACCAAAUCGCCUACUUCAACACCAUCCCCUGGGUCUCCGCCACCCUCCGCGAGCCAGGCCUCAUCUCCAUGCCGCCCAUAACCCGGCACUUCGACCCCGCCGUCCGCGCCUCCGAGUUCUGGGGCGUCACCUUGAACAGCAAAGCUACCAUCCCCUACUUCAUCGGCUGCUUCCACCCCACUUCCCCCUCCACCUCAGACUCAGAUACAGAGUUGGGAGACCGCUACAUCGCCCACGUCCGCUUCUUCCUCAAACUCUCCCACGGGCUAAGCACCCUCGAGCGCGAGCGCGUGCAUGGCGGCGUCGUGGCCUCCAUCUUUGACGAGUGCGCUGGCGCGGUGGGGUUCGUGAAUAAGAUGUAUGGGAGGAUGGAGAUGCUCCCGCAUGUUACGCGGACUUUAGAGCUGGAGUAUCGGAGGGCGGUGCCGGUGGGGGCGGUUGUGGGUGUUGUGGCGAGGCUGGUAAGGGUUGAGGGGAGGACGUUUGCGGUUGAGCUAGAGAUGGUGGAUGAGGAGGGGGCGGUGCUGGCGAGGGCAGAGGCGGGGUAUGUUGUGCUGGAGAAGAAGGAGAGGAAGGGGAAGUUGUAG